AUGGCCGUCCCGACUGAGAGUCAGGCGGAAGAAACGAAACAUGACUACUCCAAAGAAGCCUCCCUCCCAAACCCCGACCCGCCCGGCGAUUCCCAAACUGCCGCAAUCGUCAGCGAGCAUACCCAAUACAUGGUAGCGACCUACGUCCGCCCUCCACCCAUGAUGGUCAAAGGCGAAGGCUGCUAUCUCUGGGACAUUGAGAACCGAAAGUACCUCGACUUCACCGCCGGGAUAGCUGUUAAUGCAUUAGGCCACUGCGAUCCCGAGAUGGCCAAAUUGAUCGGACAGCAAGCACGGACGCUCAUUCACACGUCAAACCUCUACCACAACCCCUGGACCGGUGCCCUCUCCCAAGUCAUGGUUCAAAAGACACGCGCUUCGGGCUCCAUGUCCGAAGCGUCCAAAGUCUUCAUUUGCAACUCUGGCUCCGAGGCCAAUGAAGCUGCUAUAAAAUUCGCCCGGAAAGUGGGAAAGGUACGGCAGCCCUCCGGCUCUCAGCAUGAGAUCGUCAGCUUUAACAACUCCUUCCACGGGCGAACAAUGGGUAGCUUGUCCGCAACCCCCAACCCAAAGUACCAGAAACCCUUUGGCCCAAUGAUCCCAGGCUUCGUCUACGGCACCUACAACGACGAAGCCGGCAUCAAAGUCCUCGUUACCGAAAAGACCUGCGGGGUAAUCGUCGAGCCCAUCCAAGGCGAAGGCGGGGUCAACGUGGCCACGUCCUCGUUUCUCCAAGCACUACGCGAUCGCUGCAACGAAGUAGGCGCCGUACUGAUCUACGACGAGAUCCAAUGUGGUCUCUCGCGUACAGGGCAAUUAUGGGCACAUCAGAACCUGCCCGAGUCUGCACAUCCUGAUAUCCUCACUACAGCAAAAGCACUGGGGAACGGAUUCCCAAUAGGGGCAACAAUGGUCACGGAGAAAGUGGCAGAGUGCGUGGUGACCGGUGACCACGGCACGACGUUCGGUGGGAACCCGUUGGCUUGUCGGUUGGCGCAUUAUAUCUUCUCUAGAUUGUCAGAGCCAGAGCUGCAGCAGGGCGUUAUGGAAAAGGAGAAGAUUUUCCGGAAGGGGUUUGAGAGGUUACGAAAGCGCUUUCCAGAGGUUAUCAAAGAGGUCAGAGGCCGAGGGUUGAUUCUAGGCUUGCAGCUGACGCAGGAUCCGACGCCUAUUGUGACGGCGGCGAGGGAGAGGGGUUUGCUGAUCAUCACUUGCGGAACCAAUACGCUAAGGUUUGUGCCGCCGCUGAUCAUCAGUGACGAGGAGAUUGAAGAGGGGCUGGCAAAGUUAGAGCAGGCGAUGGAGGCUGCGUUGAGCUCGAAAGAACAGGUGGAGGGAACGAAAGGACAGCAAGAAAUGGCGCCUAAAGAGCGAUGA